UUCUUCUGGAAGUGCUGCCUUGCGAUGCUGAGUCUCCAUUUGCCUUGAUUAAGGUAGAAACAGCCUAUGGCUUGGAUGACUUACAUUUCAAGUUGGUUUGAGCAAGAUGAUUGGUAUGAAGGACUGCAAAGAGCCAGCAUGUCCCGGGUGAGGCAGGUGGGGCUGCUGGCCGCCGGGUGUCAGCCCUGGAACAAGGACGUGUGCGCUGCCAGCGGGGACAGGUUUGCCUACUGCGCCACCCUGGCCAUCUACGUCUACCAGUUGGAUCACCGUUAUAAUGAAUUUAAACUCCACGCAAUUAUGUCUGAACACAAAAAAACUAUCACAGCUAUCUCUUGGUGUCCACAUAACCCCGAUCUCUUUGCAAGUGGCAGUUCCGAUAACUUAGUGAUCAUUUGGAAUGUGGCAGAACAAAAAGUCAUUGCUAAACUCAACAAUACAAAAGGGACGCCCGCCUCCCUUAGCUGGUGCUGGCACGCGGGCGAGGCCGUGGCCUUUGCUCCCCGCAGGGGCCCGCUGCUCAUCUGGACCAUCUCGGGGCCGGACAGCGGCGUGACCGUGCACCGAGACGCUCACAGCUUCAUGUCCGACAUCUGCACCUUCAGGUGGCACCCCCAGAAGAAGGGCAAAGUCGUGUUUGGUCACAUGGAUGGGAGUCUAUCGAUUUUCCAACCAGGUAACAAAAGUCAGAGACAUGUUCUGAGGCCCGACUCCCUGGAAGGGACCGACGAAGAGGACCCAGUCACGGCCCUGGAGUGGGACCCGCUGUCCACGGAUUACCUCCUGGUGGCCAAUCUGCAUCACGGGAUCCGGCUGGUGGACUCGGAGUCGCUCUACUGCAUCACCAGCUUCAGCUUGCCCAGCGCAGCCGCCUGCGUGCAGUGCGUGGCCUGGGUCCCCAGCGCCCCGGGCAUGUUCAUCACCGGAGGUGAGGACCCCACCCCCCACGUUGGACACGUGGAAACCAUCUUCGACUGCAAAUUCAAGCCCAACGACCCCAACCUCUUAGCGACAGCGUCCUUCGAUGGCACCGUGAAGGUCUGGGACGUGGACACGCUGACCGCGGUGUACACGUCCCCGGGGAACGAGGGGGUGAUUUAUUCCCUCUCCUGGGCGCCAGGUGAUUUGGAUUGCAUUGCCGGAGCAACUUCCCAAAAUGGCGCCUUCAUUUGGGAUAUUAAAAAGGGCAAAGUGAUCCAGCGCUUUAACGAGCACGGAAGGAAUGGGAUAUUCUGCGUUGCCUGGAGUCAUAAAGAUUCCAAACGAAUAGCGACCUGCAGCGGAGAUGGUCUCUGUAUCAUCCGAACCCUCGAUGGGAGAGUGCUGCACAAGUACAAGCACCCCGCUGCCGUGUUUGGCUGUGAUUGGAGCCAAAACAACAAAGACAUGAUAGCCACUGGCUGUGAAGACAGAGGCGUCCGCGUCUACUACGCGGCCACCAGCUCGGACCAGCCGCUGAAGGUGUUCAGUGGGCACACGGCCAAGGUGUUCCACGUGCGCUGGUCGCCCCUGAGGGAGGGCAUCCUCUGCAGCGGCUCUGAUGACGGUUCUGUCCGCAUCUGGGAUUAUACUCAAGAUGCCUGCAUCAGUGUUCUCAGUGGGCACUCCGGCCCCGUGCGGGGGCUGGUGUGGAACCCGGAGAUCCCGUACCUCCUCGUCUCCGGCAGCUGGGACUACACGGUGAGGGUGUGGGACACUCGAGAGGGGACGUGCCUGGACACCGUGUACGAUCAUGGCGCAGAUGUGUAUGGUUUAACGUGCCAUCCGAGCCGCCCCUUCACCAUGGCCUCCUGCUCCCGGGACUCCACCGUGAGGCUGUGGUCAUUGGCACCUUUAAUCACCCCUUUACAGAUUAGCAUCCUGGCGGACAGACCAUGGAAGGAAAUUAUCGGGAACACUGAUGACGCCAUCCUGCGAGGCGCGCCCCCUGUGCUGUGCGGCAAAGUGUCGAGGGACAUUAAACAGGAAAUAGAGAAGCUGGGCGGACACCCGCGGGGGAAGAAGCUCAGGUGGUUUUCGGAGUGUUUGUCCCCUCCAGGUGGCAGUGACAACCUGUGGAACUUGGUGGCCGUGAUCAAAGGGCAGGAUGACAGCUUGCUUCCUCAGAACUACUGCAAAGGCAUCAUGCACCUGAAGCACCUGCUGAAGUUCCGCAUGUCUGAAGCUCAGGAGCUGACCACAGUCAAGAUGUCCAAGUUCGGAGGGGGCAUCGGCGCGCCGACCAUGGAGGAGAGGCUGAAGGAGGCCGCGGACAUACACCUGAGGCUCGGGCAGAUCCAGCGCUACUGCGAGCUCAUGGUGGAGCUCGGCGAGUGGGACAAAGCCUUGUCCGUGGCACCAGGCGUCUCGGUGAAGUACUGGAGGAAGUUAACGCAGAGGAGAGCCGACCAGCUAAUCCAGGAAGAUAAGGAUGACGCCAUCCCUUACUGCAUCGCCAUUGGGGAUGUGAGAAAACUGGUCCACUUUUUUAUGGCCCGGGGUCAGCUUAAAGAAGCUCUGCUUGUGGCCCAGGCUGCGUGUGAGGGAAACAUGCAAACCUGCCACGUCUCCACCCCCGACGGAGCCUCCGGUCCCGAGGACGCCCGCCGGGAGGACUUCACUGAGCUCCUGCACACGGCGAGCGCGCAGCUGGCGGAGUGGCACUUCCAGGGCGGCCGGGCGGUGCGGGCCGCCUGCUGCCACCUGGCCGUGGACGAUGUGGAGCUGGCCAUGGCAUCCCUGCUCCGCGGGAACGAGCUGGAGCUGGCGGUCUGCGUGGGCACGGUCCUGGGCGAGUCGGCAGCCCCAGCCACCCACUACGCCCUGGAAUUGUUGGCCAGAAAAUGCAUGAUGAUCCCAAUGUGCUUUCCAUCUGAUGAAUACAGGAAUUUGGCAGCUGAUCUGCUCCUGAUGAUUCCAGAUAAUGAACUUCAGCUGGUGAAGCUCUGUGCCUUCUACCCAGGCUGCGAGGAGGAGAUGAGCGAUCUCCACGAGAAGUGCAAGCUGCCCACCAUAGAAGAAUGUAUGCAGUUAGCGGAGACAGCGCAUGCAGAUGGCAAUGUGUUUGAAGCUGUAAAGUAUUACUUGUUAAGUCAAGAACCUGAAAAAGCCCUUCCUGUUGGUGUUGACUUCGUCAAAGAACACAUCAGUAGUUCCGAUUGGACUUUGGAUACCAUUUACCCCGUUCUUGACCUGCUGAGUUACAUUCAGACUGAAAAGUUACUCCUGCCCACGUGUACCGAAGCGCGGAACGAGCUGCUCAUACUGAGUGGCUACGCGGGCGCGCUGCUGGCCGCCAGGAGACAGUACGCGAGCAUCGUCCCCGCGCUCUAUGAGUACACGAGUCAGCUGUUGAAACGUCGGGAGGUGUCCGUGCCUUUGACCAUCGAGCGCCUCUCUGAGGAGCUGGAGGCCUGGAGAGCCUGCACGCAGCCCGUCCACCCAUCAUCAGAGGACUCUCCCUACAUACCCGCUUCCGAGUCACAGAGAAGGGUGUACGCAGCCCUGCUCCGGAGACUGCAGGCCGAGCCGCUCAGAGGGAUGGUGGGGCCGGACUAUGUGACGGGGUCCCACCUUCCCAGCCAUUCGGACGCUCGCAUCUCUUGUCUCACGGGGUUAAAAAUCCAGGGCCCCGUGUACCUCCUUGAAGAUGGGAAAUCCGCCAUCUCCCUGAACGAUGCUCUGAUGUGGGCCAAGGUGAACCCCUUCUCACCCUUAGGGACUGGCAUUCGCCUCAACCCGUUCUGAUGGAAGGCUGUUCUCCGGCUUCAUUGUGUCUUGAAGACCUUUUAUUGGUUAGUAUUAACCUUGGUUGCCCAUGAGCUGAAGGUUGGGAGGAGGAGAGGGGGAAGUAGGGAAUAACAGUCGAUUUUAUUCAUUAAGUUCAAAAAAUAAAAUAUUUAUAUACUUUUGAGAAAAAAAUAGGUGUCUCCUUUAUAAAAUAGAAUAGCCAUAUUUGGGGGAAAGGAAAUAUUUGAGCUAUAAAGGACUGAAUGAAUCAUCGAAAAGAGCACAUAAGACUUUCACAAAGUGCAGAAGGAACCCAGGUAUUUAUUGUUGAGGCAGGAAAGGGUGUGACCCCUAGGACAGGGCUUGGUGUGCAGUACAAUCCUACUGAACAUUCGAAGGACCAGGGUUCCGGGCAUCGAUGCGGAAGGUGUGUGGGCUGAGCGUCCGUUCACAGACACCUACCUUGUCUUCUAUUUCAUGUACCAUAAACCACUGGUUUUAGCUCAUAUUUAAUAAAAGUUUACAGUUAUAAGUUUAAUAUAUAUCAAUAAAUAGAUACACAAUCAAAAUACUUUAUUAAUCCUCAUCCAAGGAUAUUUUUUAAAUUGAUUGUAUAAAGAGAGAGGAAGGGAGAGAGAAAGAAAAACAUGGAUGUAAGAGAAGCAUACAUCCGUUGCCACCCCUACACUCCCCAUCCCCGACUGGGGAUCAAACCCACAACCUAGGUAUGUCCCCUGACCCGGAAUCGGACCUGCAAUCUUUUGGUGUUCAGAACGGACGAUGCUCCAACUAGCUGAGCCACAUGGAGAGAACAUUACCAAGGUUUCUAUCUGAAAUUCAAAUGUCCAAUUAUAAAGGAAUCGGUUCUAUAAGCAUGAAAACAAUUGGGGAGUGAAAACCAAAAUGCAGUGGCAUCUGUAUGAGAAUUUGCAUUUUAUGAUAAUUGACUGUUUUAAAAGAGACCGGGUAUGUAUAGAUAUUAAUUUUCAUUAAUGCAAGUAAUAGUGACAUAAUCUCUAAUCGAUUUAUAUUGACUAUAACUGAAUUUAUUUGAUGAAAUUUAGUUUGAAGUAAAUUUCCUGUAAGUAGGAUAUUAAAAGUUUGGAUAUAUUAUGUAAAUUCAGGUUUUUAAAAUAUUAAUUAAAAGAGUAAAGCUACAAAAAAGAAAAGCCUGAGGCAUGGCCAUAAGUAUCUCAGUUGUUCUUGAAUUCUGACUUUGCAAUUUAUUAAAUUAAUGCAUUUCAGCAAGAACAGUACUUUUAUACUCGAGUCGUGCAGAAUUUAUAAUAUAGAUGUUUUUGUUUAAUAAUCGUGGUUAUUAUCUUUAAACUUGUUGCAUUUAAAAUAUUUUAACAUUUUUCUUAAACAGCUUCUUAAAACAGAAAACAAUAUAUAAUAUAUACCUAUCUAUCACAUUGAUCACUUCUAACUCCUCAUUAAAUUUCAUUUUAUUAAAAAAUUAAUAUUAUAAAUGAGAAUGUAUGCAACUCAGAGAGGCAGUGGGUAAUAUAAAGUGUAUCUGAGUAUUUUUUAACCCUUGGUGAUAAAUGUAACUCAGAAUUGUUUAUUAAUUGGCAUAUGUAUACUAAAAUUGCCUUCAAAAUGAGUCUAAGUCAGUGGUUCUCAACCUUCUGGCCCUUUAAAUACAGUUCCUCAUAUUGUGAC